UAGUAUGACUUAUGACAUGCGACAACGACGACAUGAAGACGUUAGUUUAAGGUGCUGCCGCUAUAUUUAAUUGUUUACAUUUUGAAGGCCAAUCUAUUGAAGUUUUUCAACAUGCCAAAGAAAAAUACUAGAAAGUACGUUUUUAAAGCAAAUAAAAAGCAAGAUGAUGGUGACAUUUCUGACUCCCUAAUGUCACCGUGUUUGCAAAUAAGUCAAGAUAUUGAAUUAAAAGACAUUCCUUCGAAUGGGGAAGAGUAUCUUCUAAAAGUUAUGAAAGAAAGGCAAAAUUAUUCAACAGUUACAACUUGUAACAGGGAUUUUUCCAAGUUUGCCCGAAACCAAUCAUGUUUCGUUAAGGAGUUACCACAUGCUAAAGCACCAGAGAGUUUAAAACCAACUAUAGAAUGGCAAAAUAUUCAAGUUGCUGAUUUCUCAAAGGUUAGAAUGUACAUUUCAAAGUUGAUAUCUAAUAGAUCACUUUGGCCUAGAGAUGUUAUAAAUAUAGAAAUAGAUCCAGACAACAUUGCAGCUUGGAUGAACUUAUUUGAGAAUAAAGACCCAAAGCUUUCUUGUGUGCUUGGCUUGCAUCAUGCAUUGUUAGACCAUGGUCUGGAGAUUCUCAUUGAAAUGCUGGAUAAAGUUAAACCUGGCAGUACAAUAAACUAUAAAACAGGUCAAUGGAUUUACGCAUUUUUAGCCUGCACCAGACAACCUUUGCUCUCUGACACUAUAAGUAUAUUAAGAAACCUAGCUAGAAAAUGUGCAGAGAUUAGAUCUCAUCUCAAUACAGAGGAUGUGAGUUCCAGGGAGGCGGCCGCUCCAUUAAACAUAUUUAUAUGCUUGGUAGCUCGAUACUUCAGACAAUAUGAUCUCGCUGAUUGAACUCACAACAUAGUCUUUGUGACAGAAUUCUUAUUCACAAUGUGUGUGUAAACAGUAUUGUGUAUAUAACUAUAAAUAACAAAAGAGAGCGGCUAUUGUAAUUGUAUUAUAUGACUAAAAAUCUUUUGACACUGACUUUGUUUGCGGUUUGGCAUGAAAUUGGGUUGACAGAAUAGACGUUAGCCGUAAUCAGCGCCAUCUAUUGCCUGUAUCGCGUGACUGUUGUUGUUUUUUGUUUCAUUGAUACAUAUUUUUACCUUAGAUUUCUUAGUUAAACACAUUUAAAAACCUUGAUAAUUGUAUUUUUCUACUGAAUAUUAAAAAAGAGAUAAAAUGGGA